GGGCACAGGUGGGUGGCACUGGUGGGCACAGGUGGGUGGCACUGCUGGGCGCAUGUAGGUGGCACUUCUGGGCACAGGUGGGUGCACUGCUGGGCACAGGUGGGUGCACUGCUGGGCACAGGUGGAUGCACUGCUGGGCACGGGUGGGCGGAGCUAGUGGGCGCACUGCUGGGCGGAACUUGCGGGUGGCACUGCUGGGCACCGAUCAUCAGGGCACUGAUCAUCAGUGCCCUGAUGAUCGGUGCCGAUCCCCGCUCUGACAACUGCCGGUUCUCGGCAGUACUUUCCUCACGAUCUGACAGUGUGAGGAAAGUGCAGCCGAGAACCGGCACUUGC